AAAAAUAGCAAUAAUACAGCGCUGGCUGCAGUCACGCGGCUACAAUUCCCUCACGCCACCAGCGCGUGACGAUUCCAAGAGCCCUCCAGCGUCUGGCAGGCGAGGAAAAGCAACACUAGCGGCGAACACAAAGGCAGAAAAUUUACAAUUGACCCCGGAAACAUUUCAUUCGCGUAGGUAACUGGAGGCAUCUCUUUGGCGAUUCAUUCCUUGCUCCGGAAGAAGAGAUACCAAACGUCACUUGCGAUUGGAUCGCGUUACAAAGGCGGAGCUUCUGCCAGCCAAUCACGUUGGCGACCGGAUAUGACGUCCCCGGAGACGCCGGCAGAGCUCUCCUAGGGCUGGCGGCUGCGGUGGGCGCGGCCUUUCGCGGGGACCCGGCUCUGCGAGGGGCGGUGCCACUCAGGCCACACCUCCCGCGCCGACGCCGAGAGGCUGCGGAGCGAAGGGUAAGCCUCGGGGGGCGGGGACUCGGGCUGGUCCUUUCUGAGCUUAGGGCUCGGCCGUCUCUGUCCUCGGCGCCCACUCUUCCGGCUUCCGGUGGCCGCGCCGCCUCCCUCGGAGGUUCGGAGCUACACCCUGUGGAGAGCUCGCCGUUGUCCUCCCUCCUCUCAGCUUCGAACCCCUUCCGAGUCGCUCCGGGGCAACUGCCGCCCCAUCUCGCUCUGGUUCCGCCCCUGAGGGGACCCCAGGCCCACACCGCCCCCUCCUGGAUGCGCGGGCCCCUCCCCCCCCCCACCAGUAAAAUGUCCCAUAACCUCCAGGGAGUCUUCCUGAAAGCCGCCGACGAGAAGCCAGGCAGCGCCUCGCCCUGUGUUUCAGGCUGCAUGUACCAAGUAGUUCAGACGAUUGGCUCGGAUGGAAAAAAUCUCCUGCAAUUACUUCCAAUUCCUAAUUUCUCUGGAAAUCUUGUACCACUAGUUCAAUCUUCAGUUAUGUCUGAUGCUUUGAAAGGGAAUACAGGAAGCCCAGUUCAAGUUACUUUUCAGACUCAGAUUUCCAGCUCUUCCACAAGUUCAUCAACAGCUCAAUUGCCCAUUUUUCAGCCAGCCAGUUCUCCAAACUAUUUACUUACAAGAACAGUAGAUACAGCAGAAAAAGUUAGAGUUACUACUGUGGGAACUGAGACCUUUACCUCAUCAAUUUCUAAAGUUCAGAGUCAUGGUGUGAAAAUUGAUGGACUCCCCAUGCAAACAUUGGCUGUCACUUCCUCCUCAACACAAAAAGAUUCAUCUUAUAUUUUAGUAAAUACUCAGAGCCUUCCAAUGACUGUGAAACCUCCAGUUUUGCCUUCUGGGCAUCAUUUACAGAUUCCAGCCCAUGCUGAAGUGAAAUCUGUACCAGCGACAUCAUUACCUCCUUCAGUUCAGCAAAAGAUACUUCCAACUGCAACCACAAGCUCCUCAGGAACAGUUGAGGCCUCCCAAAUACCUUCUGUUAUUUACGUAUCUCCUGUAAAAACAGUGAAAAAUGUAGCUACCAAGAACUUGCAACACAUUUAUCCAAAACCUGUUACAGAAAUAGCCAAGCCAGUGAUACUAAAUGCCACACAAAUUCCAAUGAAUGUUGCACAAGAGACACAAUUAAAAGGUGGUCAGCAUUCUCAAGCUGCUCCAGUGAAAUGGAUUUUUCAAGACAAUCGACAGCCUUGUACUCCAUCUCUUGUUCCUGUUAAGUCUUCAAAUAAUGUGGCUUCACAGAUUUUAAAAAGUUUUGUAGAAAAGAAAAGUGUGGGAGGUAAUACUAUAAAGAUGCCACAAUUGAGUACCAGCAGUCCUAGUGGGGCACAGUCCAAAAGUAUGCCUAUUAAAGAUAACGCGUUGGUUAUGUGUAAUGGGAAAAUCUAUCUGUUGGCUAAAAAGGGGACAGAUGUUUUGUCAUCACAAAUUGAUCAACAGAAUUCUGUUUCUCCUGAUAUUCCACCAAGAAAAGAUAUAUCACAGAUAGUGAGUUCAAGUCCAGUAACAGAACUAUCCAGAGAGGUUGUAAACUUUGUUUUGGCUAAAAAUAAAUCUUCUCAGAUGGAGACAAAGUCAUUUUCAAAUACCCAGCUUGCUUCCAUGGCCAAUCUAAGGGCAGAGAAGAAUAAAAAAGUGGAGACACCAUCUCUUUCUAUCCUACAUCCAAAUAAUACGAACCCAUCCAUUAACUACUUAAAACAGAGUAAGACUUUAUUCCUAAAGGCAGACUUUCCACAUGGACUUAGUACAGGACAAAAUGCCCCCCCAAAAGAAAAUAUCAUCCAAAACAUAGAGAAAAUAAAUUCCUCUGUUGGUGCAACAAGUAUUCCUUCACAACAGUGUGUUUUCAGAGACCAAGAACCAAAGAUCCAGAAUGAGAUGGCAUCAACAUUACAAAAAGAUGCUCAAGAAAGAAAUGACAAGAAAAAUUCUCAAGGGAGCAGCAGUAAGGCACAUCUGAAGACUGAUGCUGAAUUUAAAAAGCUGUUUGGUCUCACUAAAGAUUUGAGAAUAAGACUUACUCGGAUUCCUGACCAUUUGGGUGCUGGAGAUUUUGAUUCCUUUAGGAAUUUGGUGAAGAGUGACAAAGAGACAAAGUUUACAGUGAAGGAGGAAGAGAAAAAACAGUACUCAACAUUGCAACAGGGUUUUGAUAAGAAAAGAAAAGCAAAAACCGUGAAGAAGAUGGAUCGUGCAAAGAAGAGAAAAAUCGAGAGUGCUUAUAACACAGCUAUAAAUGGAGGAAUUAGCUGUAUUUUACCAGCUUCAGAUGUAUCACAUCAUAGUAUUAUCACAAAUUGCAAUAAAACCAGAGAAGAAAGAACUGAAGUAGAACACUGUACCAGUGAAAACCAGGAGAAAGUCGCUUUGAGUUCACAUGCAGAUUUUGGACAAAGCCAUUCCUUUACCAGAAAUUAUACUGAAGAUAUUUUUCCCAUGAGACCACCGGAGUUAGAAGAAACCAUUCGAGAUGAAAAAAUAAGAAGACUUAAACAGAUGCUGAGAGAGAAAGAAGCAGCCCUUGAAGAAAUGCGUAAGAAGAUGCACCAAAAAUAAUAAAAUGUUGCCAUACUUAAAGA